UCAAACACUGGGUUUUCUUUUUCGGUUGUAGAUCCUUUAAACGCUAGAAAACAAACCCAUUUUUUACCUUUUUCUUUUUUUAAUCUUUAUCCCUGCUUAAACAUGUUGUCGACAAUGGAGAGAAAGAGAUAUAGGCGGACACCUGAUCCUCUCUUAUAUAACAUGAUAAAGUACUCAGUACAGCCUUAAAAACACCUGCAAUUUGCAGCCAUUUCUCUUUUUACGGUGUAAAUCUUAUUAUUAUUUUAUGAUAAUUUAUUUAUCACUUGUUGCCUCGAUAUUGUAAACUCUCCAGAUUUGAAUCAGGAACUCUCCGCAUUCCUUCCUUACAUAUUUCUUUAUUUUUUCUCCUCUUACCUAUAUUUGUAGGCCAGCUUGCCCUCCUUCAAAAUCUCUACUUUUUGCAAUAUUUGCACUGCAUUUUUUGUAUUCUGGUGUAAAGUUGAAACCUCUUCAGCUCUUUCAUGCCACUGUUGAAGUCCAUUUCUUGUUGAAAAUUUUGGUUUGAUGAUGGGUCAGAAGCAUUUGCAGGAGUUACUUGAGGAGGAUCAAGAGCCAUUUCAUCUCAACAAGUACAUUGCUGAUAGGCGUUGUCAGCUGAAGAAACCAUCACCUCAGACUCAUCUCCAACUGAAGAAACCCAAACCCAUCUCUCAAACCUCAAAAUUUCCUUCCAGUUUCUGCAAAAACGCUUGCUUUUUCUCCUUCCAUGACUCGCCAGACCCCAGGAAGUCUCCAUUGUUGGGGUUUCCAUCUCCUUGUAAAAGUCCCAAUGCCAUUUUCCUUCACAUCCCAGCUAGAACAGCAGCUCUUCUACUGGAAGCCGCUCUCAGGAUUCAAAAGCAUUCUUCGUCCAUAACCAAACACCACAACGGCGGCACUGGUUUUGGCUUCUUCGGCUCCAUUCUGAAGAGGAUAACUCACCGUAACAGGAACCGAAAGCGGGAGAUAGCUAACGAUGGAGCAAAAGUUUCAGUCAAGGACAUUUUAAGGUGGGAUCCAGCUGUGGCCAAAAACAAUCUAAGUCAGAAGAAAAUGUCCUCAUCGACAUCAAUAUCGGAAGACAAAAGUGGUUAUGAAAUGGGGUUUUCAUGUUCUUACAAUGGUAGGCCAAGCAGUGCUGUUUGGUCAGAGAGCAAUGAAGAGAAAUCCUUGGAUACUUCUUGUAGCUGUAGCCAAUCCGAGGAUUUUGAAGAGAUUUUCUUGUCCGAAGAUGUUUUUGGAAAUAGUUCAGCUUUUCCCUCUUGUGAGAGCCCUUUCCAUUUUGUGCUUCAAAGAAGCCCUUCUUUCGGUCACCGGACACCCAUCUUUUCUUCGCCGGCGACAUCCCCAGGUCGCCACCAAAAACAGGACAAGGAAAGUUAUAAUGAAGUAGAGAGCUUAAAGAAAGCGCAAGUAGUAGAAGAAGAAGAACAGUUCAGCCCUGUAUCUGUUCUGGACCCUCCAUUCGAGGACGAUGACGAUAGACAUGUGAAUGUUGAUGAUAAUGAUGGGAACGACAGUUUUGAUCUUGAAUGCAGCUAUGCAGUUGUACAAAGAACAAAGCAACAGCUACUGCACAAGCUUCGUAGAUUUGAGAAACUUGCCGAAUUGGAUCCAAUUGAACUUGAGAAAAGAAUGUUAGAACAAGAGCAAGAUGAUGAUGAUGAUGAUGAUAAUGAGCAUGAAUCAGGUUCAUGUGAUGAUGGCAUGGUCCAAGAAGUAGUUAAAACAAGCUUCCACAAUGUCCCAGAAGGCAUGAAAAGGCUAGUAACCGAUCUUAUCGGGGAGGAAGAGACGGAACAAAGCUGCUACGGUGAUGGAGAAGCAGUAGCUAAAAGGGUUAGGCAGAGGCUGGAAUCAUGGAAGGAGGUGGAAUCAAACACCAUAGACAUGAUGGUGGGACAAGAUUUGAGAAGAUCAGAGGUUGAUGGUUGGAAGAGAAGUGAAUUGCAGAUUAGAGAGACAGCAUUAGAAGUCGAAAACGCUAUCUUCGGACUACUGAUGGAAGAAUUGUCGGAAGAACUAGUUUCCUCCUCAACCCGAGUUUGAUUCGGAACAAAUUUUGAAGCUCAGCUAGGAUCAUGUCAUCGUGUCCAAAAACAAAAUAAAUAUGGUUUCCCUUCAAAGCCAUAUAAUAAUUUGAGUAUAGUAUGACUUAUAUGCUUAAAGCUGGGUAUUAUGUAUAUUCAAUCAUGUAUUUACAGGGUUCAAUGGUGUUUGGAUCCUAGCUUUAAUGACAUAUAUGUACAAUUCCUAGCUCUUCAUAUAUAUAUACAGGGGCAUAGA